CCUCUACUGUUCUGGUACAAUAUGGUUCACACAAAUAUUUCGCAAACUCUUCUGGUGAAGCAUUUGAAAGCUAUUACACUCACAGCAGUCUUCUGGUGAAGCCUUUGCAGGAAAUCAAUGGGUUUCAUUGUGGGAGUGGGAAAUAACUGAAGAAGAGAGAAGUUCAGAGAAAGAAGAAGGCUCACUCUCUCUCUGUGUUUCUUCUUUCUCUGUUCCAUGGCUGAUGCACUUGGAUUUUCUUUCAAAACCUCUUUCUGUUCUGCUGCGAGAAUCGCCAAACCGAGGCUUGCUUUUUUAUCCAACAGGAGUUUUCGGAGAAGGGUUGGCUUUGCUGCGGAUUCUCCUCGUGCUUCCGUUGAUUUUGUUUCCAGAAUAUCCUUCAGACCCACCAAGAAAGUUCCUUCGUUUAAGGUUCACGCAACCAUUGAUCAAACUGAGGCUCCAAAGUGGUGGGAGAAAAAUGCAGGGCCGAACAUGAUUGAUAUUCAUUCUACAAAAGAAUUGUUGGAUGCAUUAAGUGAAGCUGGAGAUAGACUAGUUAUUGUUGAAUUUUAUGGGACGUGGUGUGCUUCUUGUAGAGCAUUAUUUCCCAAGCUUUGUAGAACUGCGACGGAGCACCCUGAAAUUUUGUUCCUAAAAGUCAAUUUCGAUGAAAACAAGCCAAUGUGCAAAAGUUUGAAUGUAAAAGUCCUUCCGAAUUUCCAUUUCUAUCGCGGAGCUGAUGGACAACUGGAGUCCUUCUCUUGCUCACUUGCCAAAUUCCAGAAAAUUAAGGAUGCUAUUGAAUUACACAACACGGCUCGUUGCAGCAUUGGUCCUCCUAGAGGUUUGGGAGAUCUCAAACUCGAAACGCUUUUGACUGCCAAGGAUGUCCCGGCAGGAUCCUCUUCCCCAUCGUAGUUUCUUGGUUCAGUGAUCUCUGCAGCAUUAUAUGAGAACAUAUUUUUUUUUUCUGUAUUAUAGAAUCAGUCAUUGAGUGUAUAGUUCACUUGAGAUAGUCUAUUCUUAUGUAGUUUAUUGUUCUUUUCUGUCAGUAAUAAUUUACAUGCACUAAAUUAAACAAAAUCCUUUCAUGGUCA